AUGUACUAUGUUCUUUUGUUUAAGGAGUCCAGAGCUAUAGUGGACAAGUGUUUUGAGAUCGGCGUAAACUUUUUUGACACAGCAGAGGGUUAUGCUGGAUCAGAAGAGGUUCUAGGGGCGUGUCUUGAGGGACGUCGUCAGGAUGCCGUCAUCGCGACUAAGUUCGGAUUCCGGGAGGGACCCAAUACCCCUCCUUACUCCCCCCAGCAGAUCGAUGAGGCGGUCACAAGAAGUCUAAACAAACUAAAGACUUCUUAUGUUGACAUUCUACAGGUCCACUUUGCCAGUUUCUUGGAGAACAUGGAAGACUCCGUCAAGGAACUUAACAGACAGAUCUCUCUUGGUCGUAUCAAGUAUUACGGAGUCUCCAACUUUGGACCAAUCAACAUGAAGAACUUUGUGGAAGCCGGAGGAAAACCAAUCACAAACCAGAUCGGUUAUAACUUACUAUGGAGGACAGUGUAUAUUUAUAUCAGUGAUUUCUCUGUUGUAGAUCGGUUAUAACUUACUAUGGAGGACAGUGUAUAUUUAUAUCAGUGAUUUCUCUGUUGUAGAUCGGUUAUAACUUACUCUGGAGGACAGU